CUCAACCUGUGGAUAUGAUGAAAUAAAACCAUGUAUCAGAAAGUCACCAGUCUCCAGUGACCUUCAUUCCCAGGAAACUGAACUUGAGUGGAAGUCACUUGGAGAUGUUUGGGUAACAAACGACUAGCAAGUCUAAUAAAUCAUCAUCCCUCCUCCUCCUCCUCCGGUUUUGUGAGGUUUACACAAAUGAUUUGGUCUGACGGUGCAGGAGGCCACUGCCUCAGCAGGUCUGGCCAGGUCACUGCUGGGAUGGGUGACUACCAGGGAACCACACAUAUGCCGCCUUGGAUUUCAUGAGAGGGAAAAGGUCAAGAUGUGGUCCUUGGUGUUGGCCAUGUUGGGUCUCCUGGCCUGGGCUGACUCCAGUCCUCUCCCGCAGUCCCAGGAAGUGGCCUCCAUUUUCUCUGACUUGACCCCAGCAGAACUACGGGCCAUCCGGGACUUCCUGAUGAGCCGCCCAGAACUGGGCCUCGAGCCAAGGAAAGAGGAGAAGCCGUCAUCCCUGGCCAAGAACAGCCUCUUCCUGGUGGAGCUUCUGGCCCCCAAGAAGAGCCAGGCCUUGGGCUACCUUGACUCAGGUGACCGCCGUCCUCGCCGCCGUGCCCGGGCGGUGGUGUUCUUUGGGGCCGGGGCCAGCCCCAACAUCACUGAGUAUGUAGUGGGGCCACUGCCGGUGCCAACCUUUUACCGGCCCUUUGGCCAGCCUGCGGCCUUCACAGCCAGGCCCAUGACGCAACUGGAAUAUGAACUGCUGUAUGAAAGGCUAGCAGGAUCCCUGGCUCCUCUGAAGAAGUUCUUGCAGGAUGCCUCAGGCUUCAGGCUCAAGGACUGUGGAGACCGGUGCUUCACCUUCACAGAUAUCGCACCCCGUGGCCUGACAUCGGGUGAGCGGCGGACGUGGGUGAUGCUGCAGCGCUUUGUGGAGGGCUAUUUCCUGCACCCAGUUGGCCUGGAGCUCCUCAUUAACCACAGAGAGCUUGACCCACACCUCUGGUCAGUGCAGAAGGUCUGGUACAAUGGACAGUACUUUGACAGUCCUGAGCAGCUAGCAGAGCUCUAUGUGCGUGGUGCAGUGACCAUAGUCCCCCUGCCCCCGCACCCAGAGCACAGCCUCUUCUCCACCUUUGUGCCACGAGGGCACUUCACCACCGGCCCCCCUACUGAUGUGCACGGUGCCAAAGUAUGUGAGCCACAAGGACAUCGUUACUACGUGCGUGGGAACCUGGUGGAGUACAGCGGCUGGAGCCUCGCUUUCCGGCUGCGCACGUCCACCGGCAUGCAGCUGUUUGACGUGCGCUUCAACGGGGAGCGCAUCGCUUAUGAAGUAAGCGUGCAGGAGGCCAUUGCGUUCUAUGGGGGGAACACGCCGGCAGCCAUGCAGACCAAGUACAUUGAUGUGGGGUGGGGGAUGGGCUCGGUCACUCAUGAACUGGCACCCGGCGUGGACUGUCCAGAAGUGGCCACCUUCUUGGAUGCCUACCACCAGUACGAUGCCACCGGUCCAGUCCGCUACCCUCGUGCCAUCUGCAUCUUUGAGCUGCCCAUGGGAGUCCCACUCAGGCGCCAUUUUGACAGCAACUUCCACGGGGGCUCCAACUUCUAUGGAGGCUUGAAGGGCCAUGCGCUUGUGUUGCGCACCACUGCCACUGUCUACAAUUACGACUACCUCUGGGACUUCCUCCUCUUCCCAAAUGGGGUGCUGGAGGCCAAGGUCCACGCCACAGGCUACGUCCACGCCUCCUUCUACACACCUGAGGGGAUCCGAUAUGGCAACCGCAUCCAGGCCCAUGUGCUGGGCAACAUCCACACGCAUUUGGUGCAUUACAAGAUCGACUUGGAUGUUGCAGGCGUCGGGAACAGCUUCGAGACGCUGGACGUGGCCUUUGAGAACAUCUCCCUGCCCUGGGCGGAGGGCCACCGCCUGGUGCAGCCGCGGCUGGAAGCUCAGCCGCGCCGGCGGGAGCGGCAGGCCGCCUUCCCUUUCGGCAAGCCGCUGCCUCGCUACCUCCUCUUCGCCAACCCCGCGCAGCCGAACCGCUGGGGCCACCCGCGCAGCUACCGCGUCCAGCUCAACUCCCACGCCGACCACGUCCUGCCCCGCGGCUGGAAGGAGGAGACGGGCAUCACCUGGAGCCGGUACCACGUGGCAGUGACCCAGCGCCACGACAAGGAGGACACCAGCAGCAGCCUCUACAUCCAGAACGACCCCUGGCAGCCCACCGUCAGCUUCGAGAACUUCCUCCGCAACGACGAGAGCCUGGAGAACAAGGACCUGGUGGCCUGGGUGACGGUGGGCUUCCUCCACAUCCCCCACGCGGAGGACAUCCCCAACACGGCCACGCCGGGCAACGUCGUCGGCUUCUACCUGCGGCCCUUCAACUUUUUCGACGAGGACCCGUCGGUGGCCUCCCGCCGCGUCGUCAUGGUGCGCCCUGCCCCGCCCGGGAGCAAGGAGCGGGUGAGCGUCCAGCGCUGGACCCCUGGCGGCCCGGACCCCUGCCUCGCCAGCCUGCCCUUCAGCUACAACGGCACCUACGGGCAGGAGUAGCCACAGCUCGGGCAGGCUCUCCCCCCCCCCCGGACCCUAGUGCCUGCCGCCCUCCCCUCAGCCGCACCUCCUGGGCCCACCACUGUCUUGGUGAUCCACCUGCGCAAAAGGGCGCCACGGAGCCGCAGCGCCGAACUCCGCGUGUACCACGAAUUGCAGGGGGGGGCAGCUUGAUGGAGGAGCGAUGAGGCCCAUCAGACUUGAGACCAUUGAUUUCUUAGGUCUGGCUUCAUGUUGCCUUCCUGUUACUGGAUCUAUAAUCAAUUUCAGAUGAGGAGACUUGGGGGGGUGCCACCUUCCUACCCUGUUGACCUGUCUGAUUGAAGCCUCAACACAGCCCACAGGAAGGAGUUCCACAGGUGCUGCGUGACCAGCCUGGAAUGGACUGUGUGGCUGUGGAUGGCCUCAGCAAAGAGGGAGGAGGAGGAGUGGCGGCGUUCAGCAGCUGCUGCGCACUGUAGCUAAAUACACCUUCUAUGUCCAGAAAGAGUCUACCGCGGACUACCAGGCAUUGGGGGCAUGCAGGUGGGGGCUGCUGCCCUUUUGCCCGGCUUAUGGGCCUCCCUGAAGCAUCUGCCUGUAGGAAUCGGGAUGCCAGACCAGGUGGACCCACUUGUGCAAAAUGAGCCCAAGCCUUUGGUGGUCGUCUUUUUUGCACGCCCUCCCCCUCUGGAGCCUUAACGGGUGGAGAGGCGCUCUUUUGCACACUGCCCUUGGUGUGCGGGCCCUGGACCUCCAGGGUCACUUGCUCGCUCUUGCACCAGGUGUUCGUUAAAUCCAGCUUGGUUGCCUGGGCCACCCCAUGGGACUAGGCCCCCAAUGCAUUGCUCAGCUCCCCUUCGUGAAGUAAGACUGUGACAGCCUACCUCACAGAGUUGUUGUGAGAGUGAACAAGAUAAAGCUUGUGAAGCCAUCUGCACCUGGGGAAAACAACCCUGUACUCAUAUCAUACUGGUUAGACCUGGUGCUACCCUGCUGUGAGGGUGGCAGAGGGGCCACUCUGCCCAGUACCUGGUGAUCCAGGGGCGGCGAAAGGCACGCAACCUGCAAGCUGGCAGAGCUUGCAGAGCCGCAGUGUCCCUGUGGACCUUCCCCAGUGCCUGUGCCAGGAGAGGAUGCCCUGAAGGAGGCGGAGCCAAUGGAGGCUCCCUGGGAGGGGGACCCCAACUAAUCCCCCCUGCACACCUACCCCUGGGUCACAGGAGGCCACGGAGGCACAGCAAGGCCCCUAGGCAGGCCAGGGGCUUGCUCCGGAUGCGGUGGGAUUGCAGCACCCAUCAGCCCAGCGGCCAGUUGAGGGUCGGCAUGGGAGGAGGGAGACCAGUGAUGGCUGGAUAGUGACAGACUGCCCCCCCCAGCCCUCAACGCCCCUCACAAGGAUGGCAUCUGCAGAGAACCCCCCCUCCUGGAGCAAGGCUUGUCGAGGGGAGGGACAGGGCCACAGCAGCCCCUCCCCCAUCAUUUUGCUCCCCGAGGCUCCCCCAGCCGCAAGUCAAGAGCCCUUGAGAACAAGGCCGACCCCCUAACUAUGGCGCCAGAUUCCACAAGCACAGUGUGGGGGGGUUAUUAACUGUUAGCUGCCCUUUCAUGGUGGUGGAAACUGCCUCCUUCGGCCUCAGAGAAGGGGAAUUAAAGGGAGAUUGGGCAGUCACCCAUCCCGUGGCCCCUCACACGCCUGCCUGGCCAGAGGCCAAACCUAGGGAGACUCUGAUCCACGGGGGGUGGAUUACCCCUUGUAGAAGACCCCCCCCCGAUUGCCCAUCUUGGCUGCAGGAGGAGCCCCAGCCGGGUGGAACAGCUCCCAUUUUACGUACAGGAGGUCCUUGGGGGCAACCCCCCCCCACUGGGAAAGGUGCAACAGCGACACACCUGUGGUGGAGCUCUGCCUGGGGGCCCCAGCCCAAAUCCCCCAUGAGCCAGACGCCCAAAUCCAUGUGACUCCCACCCAGUCCCCUUGGCGUUGCUUGAGGGUCAGUCCAAUUGGGGAUGCCCCACACAGUUCCCCCUGGCGGUAGCGGCAGCCCUCUCCCCAAGGAAACCGAGGGGGAAGGGCUGCGGAGGGUCCCCUGCACUUGAGGCCAUUAGGGUCCCUUGAUGCCCCCUGUUGAACAGAGGUCAUGGGCAAGAGGGAUCCUCUCUCCCAGGCCCCCAACAAAGUCAGUGUAGUGUAGUGGUUAGAGCGCUGGACUCAGACCUGGGAGACCAGGGUUCAAAUCCCAGCUUGGCCAUGAAGCUCAUUGGGUGACCUUGGGCCAGUUGCUGCCUCUCAGCCUAGCCUACCUCACAGGGUUGUUGUGGGGAUUAAAUUAAGAGGGAAGAACCAUGGACACCCCUUAGAGCUCCUUGGAGGAAAAGUGAGGUGUAAGCACAACAAAAAUAAUCAGAAGUGGCAAAGCCACUGCCGUUUUUGAAGAUCCUUCAGGUGGAGGGGGUCCUGAAAGGGAAAGGCGGACGACUGCAUAGGGCUGCCCGGGAGUCACCCUGGCAGAGCUGGCCUGUGCUUGUUGCAGGUGCAGUGGCCUGGAUAGCACCAGUUCCACGUUAGGAACAACAACUGUUGCAUUAGUCUGCCAUGGAGGGCGGCAAAAGCCUGCCCGAAACAAGGCUUUUUGUUUUCUAAAAACACAGGGCUAACUUAUGUGGUUAGAUCAGUUUAAAACCUUUGCAUUGAUUACAAUGUCACCCUUUUCAAUGGAUCCGUUACUGUGGAAGGCUGCCUUCAGAGACCCCCCCCCCCCUUCAUGCCACGGAAUGGCUUUUCUGUGAGGAGGGGCCUGUGGCAUGACACAUGCAGGCAGCUUUGGGGCGGGGGAACCAUAUUGGUUGUCCUAAAAUGUAUUUUGGUUUAGUUAUGCAUAAACUUAAUUAAUUAAUCAACUAUUCAAUUUAAACUCGUACAUGGGCAUGGGACUGAAACAGCCUUGGUCGCCUUGGUAGAUGAUAUGAGGGUAUGUGUUCCUUGAUCUCUCAGCGGCUUUUGAUACCGUUCACCACGGUAUCCUUUUGGACCACCUGAAGAGGCUGGGCAUAGGAGGCACUGUAUUACAGUGGUUCCGGUCCUUCCUCUCUGGUAGGUACCAAAGAGUAGCACUGGAGGAGGUUUCAGAUCCGUGGCCUCUCACUUGUGGGGUGCCACAGGGUUCUAUCCUCUCCCCGAUGCUAUUCAACAUCUAUGUAAAGCCGCUGGGAGCAAUCAUCAGGAGAUCUGGGCUGCAGUGUCAUCAAUAUGCAGAUGACACGCAGCUCUAUCUCUCAUUUAAAUCUUCACCGAGGUUGGCUGUAGAAACCAUGUCCAAGUGCCUGGACUCGGUGAGUGACUGGAUGGGAAAGAACAAGCUGAAGCUGAAUCCUGACAAAACCGAGGUACUGUUUGUCGGAGACAAGGGAAGGUUGGGGGAUGUGGACCUGAUGUUCAAUGGGGUACUAUUGCCCCUAAAGGACCAGGUCCGCAGCCUGGGGGUCAUUCUUGACUCCCAGCUGUCCAUGGAGGCUCAAGUUUCAGCUGUGAGCAGGGCAGCGCUCUAUCAACUGCAUCCGAUACGGAGGCUGCGCUCCUACCUUCCCAACCAUUUGCUCCCACCGGUGGUACAUGCCCUGGUCACCUCUCACCUAGACUACAGUAAUGCGCUCUACGUGGGGUUACCCUUGAAAACGGUCUGGAAAUUGCAACUGGUACAGAAUGCGGUGGCUCGUAUGAUCAAGGGUAGCCACCGACAAGAUCAUAUUACUCCAGUUUUGAAGGAGUUACAUUGGUUACCAGUUGUUUACCGGGCCCAAUUCAAGGUGUUGGUUUUGACCUUUAAAACCCCAUACGGUUUGGGCCCAGUUUAUCUGAAGGAGUGCCUCCAGCACCGUCAGGGAUGCCGCUCGACAAGAUCAGCCUCUCAAGACACCUCGAUCCCACCGGUUAAAUCAGCUAGGCUGGUGAGGACCAGAGAGAGGGCUUUCUUAAUAUUGGCCCCCACCCUAUGGAACUCCCUCCCAAAUGAUCUCUGACAUGCCCCCUCUAUGAUGAGCUUCUGCCGGACUUUAAAGGCCUGGCUCUUCAGGCAGACUUUUGAGAUGGGUUGAAACUUUUACUGUAUGUUUUAAUAUUUUAAUGCUUAUGGUAUGCUUAAUGUCUAAUGUAUUAUUCUGUUUUGUACGUCGCCCAGAGUGGCUGGGUAACCAGCCAGAUGGGCAACUCAUAAAUCCAAGAAUGAAUAAAUAAAACAAAUCCACUGACAAAA